AUGAGUUUACGUUUACUAGUCAAAAGAGCCACGCUUUCACAGCAAACUUCUGUCAAAGUGCAAGCAUCUCGUUUUGGCACACUUUCCUUGGCCAAUGUCUUUUUCAACAACAACAGCAGCACAUUGACACUUGAUUCAGUCACUCGUAACACCUUUCAAAUACCCACUUGGUUGGAACCCAUCCUCUGGGCAGCACCAAAAAAGAAGACAUCUCACUCAAAGAAGCGCAUGCGUGCCUCCAACAAGGGAUUGCAACAAAAGGAGAAUGUAACAACAUGUCCAGCUUGUGGCAGUAAUAAGCUUUUACAUCAUUUGUGUGGAAAUUGCUACAGCGAUAUCAAGAAGAAGGCUAAAUCUCAGGUUGCUGUUGAUGCUUAA